AUGUAUUUAUCCAGUUCAAUUUUUAAGAAAAAAUAUAUAGAAAAAAUUGGAUAUAAAAUAACAAAAUGUCAACAAAUAAAACAAUUUAAUGAUAGUUCAUUUAUAUCAACAACAAAUAAUGAUUUUUUGAAGUGCUAUUCUAUGAAUACUAAUAAUUCACAAGAACAAAACAAAGAUCUUGAAUUGUAUUUACGUUUAAGAUCAGACAUUAAAUCUGCUAUGAAGAAUAAAGAUCAAUUAAAAUUAAAUGUUGUCAAGUCAAUUCUUUCAGAUCUUACUUACGUUUCAAAAAAAGUGUCACAACCUUCUUCAUUAACAACAUCACCACCUACAAAUCAACAAAUCUAUAAAAUUAUAAACAAAUCUGUUAAAACACAUAAUGAAUCUAUAGAAAAGUUUUCACAAGCACAAAGACUGGACUUAGUUCGCAAAGAACAAAUUGAAUUAGAAAUUUUAGAAUCCUAUUUGCCAAAAAAGAAAUUAUCUGAAGAAGAAAUUGAAUCAAAUAUCAUCAAAUUCAUCAAAGACAACAACUUAACAGGUAAUUCAACAAAUUUAGGCAAAAUAAUGAAAGAAAUCAAAUUUGGAGAUAGUCAUGACGAGAUCUUGGUUGAUAAAAAAAUUGUGUCUAUUAUUGCUCUAAAAGUUUUAAAAAAUAUGAAUUAA